AUGAGUCAGCAAUCGAGUCUCAGUUCAAAUGUUGGCCAACUAUUGUGUGUUGGCUUUCAAGGAACGUAUGUGACACCGCAGGCGUAUCAUUUAAUUGUUCAGCAUCAUGUAUCUUCAAUGAUCUUAUCAAGGAAGAAUGCGGUGUCAGCAAAACAAAUGACAAAGUUAAUAAGAGACUUGCAAUACAUUGCUUUCAGUCAAGGUAAAUACAAGUAUCCUAUCAUGUUUGCCAUUGAUGAAGAAGGAGGGAUGAUGAAUUCUCUUUUUGAUCCUGAGUUUCUUACCCAAUAUCCUUGUGCAAUGGCAUUAGCUGCCACUGGUGAUACAGAUUUGGUAUAUGAGAUCCUGAAAGCCAUAGGUAAAGAAUUGAAAAAGAUAGGGUUUCUGAUAAUAUUGGGACCUGUGCUUGAUGUUGUGACUAAGUUAUCCCAUCAAUUAGUUGGUGUAAGAAGUUUUGGUACUACGAUUGAAGAUGUUACUAAAUAUGGUCUUGCUUGUGCUAAGGGUCUUCAAGAUGGUGGAUUGUUUACCGUGGGGAAACAUUUCCCCGGUAUUGGUAAUGCAACUGUGGAUUCAUUAUUAGAAUUGCCCAUGAUUAGUGAUUCAUUAGAUCAAGUCAAACAUUUUGGUAGUUUACCAUUUGCAAAAUUAAUAGAAGAGAAGCGUGUUGAUGGAAUAAGUGCUGCUGGUUGUGCAGUUCCAACAAUCAGUCCAGAUGAAACACAUGCUUGUUUGUCUCCUGUUGUAAUCAAUCAAUUGCUAAGACAAGAUUUGAAAUUUGAUGGUUUUGUGAUUAGUGAAUGUUUGGAAAUGGACGCUUUAUAUCAUUCCAUUGGUUUAGGACAAGGUGUUAUUUUGGCUAUAUCAGCAGGAUGUGAUCUUGUUAUGGUAUGUCAUGAUUUAGCAUUACAGAAUGAGGCAGUAGAUUCAUUAGAAAAGGCAAUCGCUAAUGGUAAUCUUGAUGAAGAGAUUAUUAUGACAAGUCUCAAUAGAAUUGAAAAAUUACAAAAGAGAUUACCAAAGUGGUCAGCAUUAUUUCCAAGAGGUGAAGCCUCAGCUAAAGAAGAUGAAAUUAAAUUAUUUAAAUAUGAAUUCCCUGAAGAAUGGGAGAAACAUCAAGCCUUGUCUAGAAAGGCAUAUCAAAAAUCAAUAACUUUAAUUCGUGAUUUUGAUAGUACAUUACCUAUAUCAAAGUUUUUAAAUGUUUCAACAAGAGAGCAAUCAGUUGAUAAUAUUUUAUUAUUAACUCCUUUAUUGAAUCCAGUCUAUCCAAAUUUGAAUUCAUCUAAAAAGGAUAAAAAUCCUCAACUUUAUACUGGAGAAGAAGUUUUCCAAAAAUUUGGUGACAUAUUAGCCAAUCAUCCAAUUUCAAAGACAAAACCAUAUAAUGUAUUACAUACUACGUAUACCGCAAACGGAUUAACUGCUUUACAUGAAUCAUUAAUUGAAAACUCCAAAGUUGUUAUUGUUUUGACUUCAGAAGCUUCUAGAAAUAUGUACCAAGUUGGUAUAGUGAAGUAUGUUUCAAUAUUAUGCGGUGCUAAUCCCUCCUCAUUAAAUGCAACUUCGGCUAAUUCAACGAAUACUGCUCUUUCAGGGUUAACGAAACCAUUGAUUAUAGUUGCAACACUGUCACCAUAUGAUUUCUUUUACAACAAGACUAUUGGAAGUGCAUAUUUAUGUUGUUACGAUUAUACCAACCGAGCUUUAGAGAGUGUAGCCAAUGUUCUCAUGGGUGAUUUUGAAGCUGAAGGAUGUAUUCCUGGUGAGAAGAAAUUCAUAACUAAAGCUAAAAAGAGAAAAUCUGAUGGAUCCAAAGUAAUACUUUCUAAAAAACAAAGAAAUGCAGUACCCAGAAGAAGAUGGUUAGUUGAUGAAUUUGAUUUAAAUCGAGAUUGGACUGGAUUUGUUAAGCUUUGGAAAAAUAAUACUAAUGAUGGAGAUAUUAUUCCUACCAUUGAUAAUGGUAAGAUCGAUACUCAAAAAGCAGGAUUUUAUAAACGAUUAUAUGGAUUAUUAGGAUCAACUGCCAAGACUCAAAAACAUUUUGUGGUUAGAAAUUCUUCAUUAAAUAUAUUAUAUGGGAUUAUUUUAACAUGGGUUGAAGAUUCACAUCCAUUUGAUCGAGAUAUAUCAGAAGAAGCUCCUACCAAGGGUUCUAUAUUAUUUUUAUUAGUUGAUAAAUCAAAAAGACUUCAAAGUAUAGGGAAGAAUUUACAUGCACGAGCCAUUAGAUAUUUAAUUAAAGAAAAGAAAUGUUCAUCAUUAUCACUUGGAAGUUCAUUUCCAUUAUUAGCAUUUCCUGAAACAUCCAAUUUACAAAGUCAACCUAAUAAUAAUAAAGUUAUUUCAUUUAUGCAUAGUGUGGGAUGGGAUAUUAAUAGUGAUAAAUUUCGGAAAAAAUAUAUUAUGGUAUUAGAUGAUUUAGAGAAAUGGCUGGUACCUAAGAAGAUUUUUCGAGAAUUAAUGAUUGUGGGGGUAAGAUUUGAUAUUUGCAGUGAUCCUGAAAAAUUGAUUAAAUUAAUUGAAAGAUCAACUAAAGCUGAUCAAUCUGAUAAUAGUAAUAAUAUAAAGAAUUUAUAUGUGGAAGCGGUGAAACAUUUGGGUAAUACUUCACCUCAUGGUACCAAGAUUAUAAUUGCUUUAGAACCUACCAAUCAAAGUGUUAUUGGAAGUAUUGUAUUAUUUACCAAUAAAUCUCAACUUUCUAAAUUUUUCCCAUUUGUUGAUGAAUGUAUAAUACCGGAAAAUGGUAAGAAUAAUGAUAGUUCAGCCAUUGAUGAUGGGAAUGUACCAUUAAUUGGAGGUAUUAUUGGACCUGUGAUUGAUCCCCUGUAUUCUAAUUUAACUGAGAUUUUCAAGUAUGGAUUAAUUUGUAGUGGAAUUACAUUUUUAAAGUCGAGUUUGAAUGAUGGAGAGGUUCAAGUUAAUCAAUGUGUGCUGGUAGAUGUUAAUGACGAUAAGAGUUUGAAUGGGAUCAAAGAAAUUGGAUUUCGGGAAUGGAAAUACUAUUAUGAUUUUUAUGAUCAAAAAGAUGAUGCAGAGCAUACAUUUUUAGAUUAA